GAUGACAGCUCGCUCUCUGAGACACCGGAAGCUUUCGUCGGUUUUGGUGACGCUGCAUUAGACUGCAAGACAUGGACCGGUCUAGGCUGCUCGGGUUGUUCCUCCUCCUCAGCCUGGCUCCUGCUGGAGCUCAGGCGCUCACACCGGCGCACUACCUCUCCCUGUCUGAUGUGGGCCGACUACAGAACCUCCUGAGCCAACAGUUCACCGACCUGGAGUCCGCAUACUACUCUGUUGUUGGUCUGACCAAGCUUGGAGCCACUGUUCCCGACCACAAGGGAGUCUGCCAGUUCCUUAAAUCUCAGCUUGACCCAACCAGUAUAGACUCUCUCUUCUUUGCUGCUGAGACCAGUAGGGCCAUUUCAGGAUGUGAGAUCCCCGUGUCCAAUGAAACCCGGGACAUCCUCCUGGCUGCAGUUAGUGAAGAUUCCACCAUGAGUCAGAUCCACCGCGCCGUCAGCGCACUCAGCUCUCUGGGGCUUCCUCUGGCUUCCCAGGAAGUUGUUGGUGCCCUGACGGGUCGCAUCAACAAGGAGGACAACGUCAUGGCAAUCACCUUAGCUCUGCAAACAGCAGCCCGCCUGUCCCAGCAGGCAGACCUUGGAGGGAUCCUGGAGGAAAUUGAGGAUCUGACAGCUCGUUUGGAUGAUCUUGGUGGCAUCUACCUCCAGUUUGAAGAGGGGCUUGAGGCGACCGCCGUGUUUGUCACCGCUGCUUACUCCCUGUCAGAUCAUGUGGACAUGGAGCCUCCUCUGAAGGAGGACCAGGUCAUCCAGCUGGUGAACUCUAUCUUCAGCAAGAAAUCCUGGGACUCUCUGGCCGAAGCCUUCAGCGUUGCAAGUGCCGCCGCCGCUCUCUCCAACAACCGUUUCCACGUGCCGGUCAUUGUCAGCGCUCAGGGCCCAGCCACAGUGUCCCACAGCCAGCCAACCCUGCAGCUCCUCGUUACUGACGUCAUGUCUCAGCCUCUGACUUCAGCCAACGUGCUGGUGGAGUCUGCGUACGCUGUGGCCUCCAAGAGCGUCAUACUCAGCCUAGCACCUUUCACACUCAACGAUGGGGUCUUUGAACUGAACUUCAUGUCCAAUCAGCCAGCCAGUGGAUAUUACCAGUUUACCGUUGCAGUGACCGGAGAUACCCGGCUGGUUGCCAAUCAUGUUGAGCUCAAAGUGAAGGUGUCCACUGAAGUGGCUGUCACUAACAUGGACCUCUCUGUGGUGGAUAAGGACCAGAGCAUCGGCACAAAGACCAGCAGGGUUGACUAUCCCUCCAAAUCCAAGAGCCCGUUCACAGCAGACAGCCACCAGAACUUUGCUAUGUCCUUCCAGCUGGUUGACAUCAACACUGGAGUGGAGCUCACACCUCACCAGACUUUUGUCCGGCUGCACAAUCAGAAAACUGGCCAAGAGGUUGUGUUUGUGGCUGAACCCGACAGCAAGAAUCUGUACAAGUUUGAGUUGGACACAGCAGAGCGGAAAUCCGAGUUUGACUCCAUCUCUGGUACCUAUUCCCUCUACCUCAUCGUUGGGGACGCUACCCUGGAGAAUCCCAUCCUGUGGAAUGUGGCGGAUGUUAUUCUGAAGUUUGUGGAUGAGGAGGCCCCUGCUACCAUUCAGCCCAAGACUCUCUAUGUACCCAAACCAGAGAUCCAGCACUUAUUCAGGGAACCAGAGAAGAAGCCUCCCACGGUGGUCUCCAAUACCUUCACUGCACUCAUCCUGUCCCCAUUCCUGCUGCUGCUCAUCCUGUGGUUUAAGCUCGGAGCCAACAUCUCCAACUUCAGCUUCUCUCCCAGCACCAUUCUGUUCCACGUAGGACACGCAGCCUUGCUGGGCCUGAUGUACGUCUACUGGACCCACCUGAACAUGUUCCAGACUCUGAAGUACCUGGCGAUUAUCGGCGGUGUAACCUUCCUCGCCGGGAACCGCAUGCUGGCCCAGAAAGCAGUGAAGAGGAUUGCCGCAGAGCAAAGUAGUAGGUUGGCAAAGUAUAGGAGCCUACGAUAGAGCCCCCCCAUUUGUAACAAAUGAGUCGGUCGUGCAUCCAGGCUGAAAAUUGAGAAAAAAUAAGAGAGAGAAAAUUAAAAGAAGACACUGAUGAAGCUCAUUUUUUGUUUCCAAGGAGUCAUUCAACGAUGCAUCAAAUCGGACUUUAAACACGGCGUGGCAGUUCAAGAAUCCAAUCAACAGUUUAAACAUGCAGUUUGUCUGUGUUGCCAAAACGGAAGAAAUUGAGAUAUCGCAGCGCCUCCCGAGGACAAACGCUCACUGACAGAUACCCUGCACUGUAAAGCUACUGAUCAUUGCACUUCAUCUUCCUGUGAGAUUUGUUUUCUUAUUGUCCAACAUGCCAGUGUUUUCUAAGUGAGCUGGGAUUUUUAUUUGAGGUUUCUUUUUGGUUGAUCUGUGUGUUUUUUUUGUACAUUCCUCUCUGUUGUUGCUCAGUGCCCAUUUCACCUCGUAACAGAAGCUGUCGCCAUGUCUCAGCUGGUAAAACACCGUUGGCAGCAGCACUGUCACUGUGCCAGUGUGUUUGCCUGUUUGGUGCAUCAGAUGUGUAGGAGGAGCGGUAGUCUCCUAUUUGAUACAGCGUCAGCGUCCCCCCGAAAAAAAGGUUAAUAAUAAAAUAUGGGCAAUUUUGAGGAUAUGAGGUUUUUGUAAUGAAGAAGAGGAAAUAAAGAAUUUGAGGUGAA